GUUGCUCGUGCGUGGAGCACAGGAUCAACAACAAAAUGCUAGAACUACCCUAGCGCGGUCAGAGUGUCCCGUUUUGGAAUAAUGAGCGUAACUCUCUGUCUUUUCUUCUUCGUUCAUUUGAUUAACUUAGUCGACCUGACCAAAUCUGAACGCGUCCCGUUUGAAGAUCAACUUCUUGAAGAAGCAAGCAAUUCAGGACGCAGGACCGGCAGACUUUACUGUAGGGUUGGCAUUGGUUUUCAUCUUCAGAUUCACCCGGAUGGCAGAGUGAACGGCAGUCACGCACCCGAUCAGUUGAGUGUUCUGGAGCUCUUUGCAGUUUCCCAGGGGAUUGUGGGAAUUCGAGGAGUUUUUAGCAACAGAUUUCUUGCCAUGAACAAAAGAGGGAGGUUACAUGCCAUUGAGAAGUUCACAGACGACUGCAAGUUCAGGGAGAGGUUUCAGGAGAACAGCUACAACACAUACGCCUCGGUGACCCACAGGAACCACCGGACGGGGCGCGAGUGGUUCGUGGCCCUCAACAAGCGGGGCAAGGCCAAGAUGGGCUCCAGCCCGCGCGUCAAGUCUCAGCACGUCUCCACUCACUUCCUGCCCCGGUUCGGCUCGCAGGACAGGGCCGAGAGGGGCUUCACUAUCACGGAGAAGAGCAAGGAGAAGAAAAAGGACACCCCACCGCCACCGCCAAAAGUCAACAUCAACGUCAGGCAGAAGAGCACCCAAACCGUCAAAUACUGGCCCAAGUUUAGGUUUGGAUAGGAGGACCACUGGAGGCCAGAGCAAGGAGAGAGUGGACUUGCAGGAUCUGUUGUUACCCUUUUGAAGGGUCUUCUCUUUUAGCACAAAGUACAACAUGUUCUUCCAGUAUUUAAGCAUUCCAAUCAGCAAUUAAACAUGCUAAGAAAAGGGCUGCAAACAUAUCACAUUGAAAGUGCUGUUAGUAUAAAACAAAACUGAGGGACAUUUUUCAGGUGACUGCACCAAGCAUUUGAAAAAAAAAAUCUCUGUAACAGGCCACUGGCUUUUUUCUGUGCUUGUCAGUGUUGACAAACACGUAACCGCUAUGUUAAUUUUUUAGAUAUUUAUUGACUUAUCCAGAGUUUAAAUGAAUUUUUUGAGUGAGUUUGAGUAACUUAGCUUCUGACAAUGUUCCACCUUACCUCCAAAACAUAAACUGAUGCACUUUUCUUUUGCUUUUAACCUAAAGCCAAAUUUAUCCAAGCAAAAUGCCUAUUGUCCUUGCAAUGCUGUUUUAACAAAUAUGAGAGGAAACCACCCUUUAAUCUCAUCAGCUGGCCUUAUUUUCCAUAUCAUGUGUCUGUUUGAGUUGCUGACAGACAAUCCACAUUGUUUUUUAUGCUGUAUUUUAAACAGUCCAGUAAGCAGUUUCCCUGUUAUUAGUUUGCCACAAUAUUCGGGACUCAUUCAUCACUUUUUUAUGGGGGAAAAGUCCAGCGAUCAUCAAAGGUAUUGUGCAUUUGAACUGGGGGGAAAAAAAAACACUUGCAUUGAUUUGUUUUUUCAAAAUUAAGCACAUUGAUUGAAUCCAGGCAAAUAUCUUGAAACACAUGGAGUUGGAAAGAUACCCGAGCAUUUGUUUCUCAGAAAUCCCAUCCCUCCAUCCGUGCCCACCCACAGCCCUCUGUAUAAAGACCAUUGGUGGGACUGGAAUGCGGCAGAAUUUGAAAAAAAAAAAAACCUCCAGGCACAGGUUUGCUGUCCCGGAACAGCUGGGGUUCAGGGAACAACCUGCCUGUCAAAACUAUCAUUUCAGCAGCCGGCUGUCGCAAAAAUCCCCGCCACAACCCUGAGGUAUGAGGUAUGCCCCCUGGGGAUGCUCCACGGGGAUAAAGAUGCCUCCGUAUUCUACACCAUUUUCUUUCUUUUUUUGGAGGGGUAACUGAAGCCAUAGGUGUAUCAGAUGGCCCAACAGCUGGGCUGUGUCUUGCUAUAACAAAUGCUGCUGUUAUUUAGGAGGUGCAAGCCCCGCCCCCUGGAACCUGGGUGGGAGGGCAAGAUUUGUGUAGCAUUUACAGGUGGAAAAUAAAAGACCUGAAAACAUGCUGUUGCUCCAAACAAGGUCUUAUGUCUUAUAAAGGGCAGCUUUUUAAGAUGGAGUGAAUUAUCAGAAUUCAGUAUUGUUAUUAUUGUAAGAGACAUUAAUGAAAAGGAAAUGAGAAAUGUGUAAAUCCAGCUAUUGCAGUAAAUAAGGCGCUAGGUACUGUUUAUUUUUUUUCUUCACACCAAGGCAGACAAUUCAUGACUUUGCUUUCUCAAUACUGUGUAGAGGACAUGUCAUCAGCUCAUGGUAUAAACCUCCCAAAGAUAUUUUUUAUUGUUUAUUUUAUUCUGUUUUGUAAAACUGCAAAGCAUUUGAAUGUGACUGAAUUUUAGAACAAAUGAUUAUUU